UGGUCGUUUUGUCGCCACUAAACUUGAUUCCAACUUUUCGAAUCGAUUUAUGUUUCAUUUUCAUUUUGUAAUUUAUAUAGUGUGGUAAAAUUUUAGUAUACUUGUAAUUUAUAUAUUUUCUUAACCCAUUAAAGGAUGAGAUGAAUUUAAAUAAAUAAGUCAAAUAUGACGGAACGUGCAAUAGCGUCAAGACCUAGCCUAGAGCAAGUAAUGGCUAUUGUAGACUUCAUGAAACAACACCCAGCAUUAGGUUUGGGUCAACUCAGGGGAAUUGAAGGAAGAGAAGAAAGUAAAAAGCUUUGGAUGAAACUGACACGAAUUGUAAACAAUAUCAAUGGACCUACUAGACCCAUGAAGUCUUGGAUAAAGUAUUGGGCUGAUAAAAAAUCAACAGUAAGAUCAAAAGUUGUAUCAAGUGGUAAUGAUUCUAAUAUUUUAUCAUCUAAUAUUGACAAGCGAAUAUGGGAUCUAUUUCUAGCAAAUGAUGAUGGAAACAAAUCCCGUAAUUCAGUAAAAGUUGAAAACAGCUUUUUGGAGAGCAACAAUACAUAUAAUGAAAAUAGCUUAGAAGAUAAUGCCGCUGAUGAAGAUAUACAUCUCAGUGAAACAAAUGAACCCGUGGAUGUUGAGGAACGACACCUAAAUUUGAUGGAGAAACUUGUCAAAGUGAUGACUGAACAGGCAAAUGCAAUGUUGCAACUAGCUCAGGCAUCACAGGCCUCCUCUGAAGCUAUGGAGAAGAUGGCUGAAGCUUCAAAUAUUCAGUCUCGCGCUAUAGAGCGUCUGGCAGGCACAUUUGAGACAAUUGGUUCCACCGCACACGACAUCACCGGCGCGCUCGUUGAUAUCGAUGCUACUAUGAAGAGGUUUUACACCACUGCACCUACUUAGCAAUACGCUAUGUGAAUAGAUAUGAGAUUCAGUCUAGUCUAUACAUUUGUCACAGACCUGAUUAUUUAUUAUAGUCUAUAGAUGACAGCUGUCAAAUUGUGUACAUUAAGAUGCGAUGCAUUCCAGGGUUUUAGUGUCUGUCGGAAUAGACGUGUUUAUUUAUUAUAGUGUAUCGCGGACUGCUGUCAAUUUGUAUACAAUUAGAUCUGUGUGUAUUAAAUGUCAACGAACAGAUGUGAUGUUUUCCAGGGUUCUAGUGUCUGUCGGAAUAGACGUGUUUAUUUAUUAUAGUGUAUCGCUGACAGCUGUCAAAUUGUAUACAAUUAGAUCUGUGUGUAUUAAAUGUCAGCGAACAGAUGCGAUGUAUUCCAGGGUUUUAGUGUCUGUCGGAAUAGACGUGUUUAUUUAUUAUAGUGUAUCGCUGACAGCUGUCAAUUUGUAUACAAUUAGAUCUGUGUGUAUUAAAUGUCAACGAACAGAUGCGAUGUAUUCCAGGGUUCCAGUGUCUGUCGGAAUAGACGUGUUUAUUUACUAUAGUGUAUCGCUGACAGCUGUCAAUUUGUAUACAAUUAGAUCUGGGUGUAUUAAAUGUUAACCAACAGAUGCGAUGUAUUCCAGGGUUCUAGUGUCUGUCGGAAUAGACGUGUUUAUUUACUAUAGUGUAUCGCUGACAGCUGUCAAUUUGUAUACAAUUAGAUCUGGGUGUAUUAAAUGUUAACCAACAGAUGCGAUGUAUUCCAGGGUUCUAGUGUCUGUCGGAAUAGACGUGUUUAUUUACUAUAGUGUAUCGCUGACAGCUGUCAAUUUGUAUACAAUUAGAUCUGGGUGUAUUAAAUGUUAACCAACAGAUGCGAUGUAUUCCAGGGUUCUAGUGUCUGUCGGAAUAGACGUGUUUAUUUACUAUAGUGUAUCGCUGACAGCUGUCAAUUUGUAUACAAUUAGAUCUGGGUGUAUUAAAUGUUAACCAACAGAUGCGAUGUAUUCCAGGGUUUUAGUGUCUGUCGGAAUAGACGUGUUUAUUUACUAUAGUGUAUCGCUGACAGCUGUCAAUUUGUAUACAAUUAGAUCUGGGUGUAUUAAAUGUUAACCAACAGAUGCGAUGUAUUCCAGGGUUCUAGUGUCUGUCGGAAUAGACGUGUUUAUUUACUAUAGUGUAUCGCUGACAGCUGUCAAUUUGUAUACAAUUAGAUCUGGGUGUAUUAAAUGUUAACCAACAGAUGCGAUGUAUUCCAGGGUUCUAGUGUCUGUCGGAAUACACAUGAUCAUGUAUUAUAGUGAAUCGCUGACAGCUGUCAAAUUGUAUACAAUUAGAUCUGUGUGUAUUAAAUGUCAACGAACAGAUGCGAUGUAUUCCAGGGUUUUAGUGUCUGUCGGAAUAGACGUGUUUAUUUACUAUAGUGUAUCGCUGACAGCUGUCAAUUUGUAUACAAUUAGAUCUGGGUGUAUUAAAUGUUAACCAACAGAUGCGAUGUAUUCCAGGGUUCUAGUGUCUGUCGGAAUACACAUGAUCAUGUAUUAUAGUGAAUCGCUGACAGCUGUCAAAUUGUAUACAAUUAGAUCUGUGUGUAUUAAAUGUCAACGAACAGAUGCGAUGUAUUCCAGGGUUUUAGUGUCUGUCGGAAUAGACGUGUUUAUUUACUAUAGUGUAUCGCUGACAGCUGUCAAUUUGUAUACAAUUAGAUCUGGGUGUAUUAAAUGUUAACCAACAGAUGCGAUGUAUUCCAGGGUUCUAGUGUCUGUCGGAAUAGACGUGUUUAUUUACUAUAGUGUAUCGCUGACAGCUGUCAAUUUGUAUACAAUUAGAUCUGGGUGUAUUAAAUGUUAACCAACAGAUGCGAUGUAUUCCAGGGUUCUAGUGUCUGUCGGAAUACACAUGAUCAUGUAUUAUAGUGAUUCGCUGACAGCUGUCAAAUUGUAUACGAAUAGAUCUGUGUGUAUUAAAUGUCAACGAACAGAUGCGAUGUAUUCCAGGGUUUUAGUGUCUGUCGGAAUAGACGUGUUUAUUUACUAUAGUGUAUCGCUGACAGCUGUCAAUUUGUAUACAAUUAGAUCUGGGUGUAUUAAAUGUUAACCAACAGAUGCGAUGUAUUCCAGGGUUCUAGUGUCUGUCGGAAUACACAUGAUCAUGUAUUAUAGUGAUUCGCUGACAGCUGUCAAAUUGUAUACGAAUAGAUCUGUGUGUAUUAAAUGUCAGCGAACAGAUGCGAUGUAUUCCAGGGUUUUAGUGUCUGUCGGAAUAGACGUGUUUAUUUACUAUAGUGUAUCGCUGACAGCUGUCAAUUUGUAUACAAUUAGAUCUGGGUGUAUUAAAUGUUAACCAACAGAUGCGAUGUAUUCCAGGGUUCUAGUGUCUGUCGGAAUACACAUGAUCAUGUAUUAAAUGAAUCGCUGACAGCUGUCAAAUUGUAUACGAAUAGAUCUGUGUGUAUUAAAUGUCAGCGAACAGAUGCGAUGUAUUCCAGGGUUUUAGUGUCUGUCGGAAUAGACGUGUUUAUUUACUAUAGUGUAUCGCUGACAGCUGUCAAUUUGUAUACAAUUAGAUCUGGGUGUAUUAAAUGUUAACCAACAGAUGCGAUGUAUUCCAGGGUUCUAGUGUCUGUCGGAAUACACAUGAUCAUGUAUUAUAGUGAUUCGCUGACAGCUGUCAAAUUGUAUACGAAUAGAUCUGUGUGUAUUAAAUGUCAACGAACAGAUGCGAUGUAUUCCAGGGUUUUAGUGUCUGUCGGAAUAGACGUGUUUAUUUACUAUAGUGUAUCGCUGACAGCUGUCAAUUUGUAUACAGUUAGAUCUGUGUGUAUUAAAUGUCAACGAACAGAUGCGAUGUAUUCCAGGGUUCCAGUGUCUGUCGGAAUAGAUGUGUUUAUUUAUUAUAGUGUAUCGCUGACAGCUGUCACAUUGUAUACAAUUAGAUCUGUGUGUAUUAAAUGUCAGCGAACAGAUGCGAUGUAUUCCAGGGUUUUAGUGUCUGUCGGAAUAGACGUGUUUAUUUACUAUAGUGUAUCGCUGACAGCUGUCAAUUUGUAUACAAUUAGAUCUGGGUGUAUUAAAUGUUAACCAACAGAUGCGAUGUAUUCCAGGGUUCUAGUGUCUGUCGGAAUACACAUGAUCAUGUAUUAUAGUGAAUCGCUGACAGCUGUCAAAUUGUAUACGAAUAGAUCUGUGUGUAUUAAAUGUCAACGAACAGAUGCGAUGUAUUCCAGGGUUUUAGUGUCUGUCGGAAUAGACGUGUUUAUUUACUAUAGUGUAUCGCUGACAGCUGUCAAUUUGUAUACAAUUAGAUCUGGGUGUAUUAAAUGUUAACCAACAGAUGCGAUGUAUUCCAGGGUUCUAGUGUCUGUCGGAAUACACAUGAUCAUGUAUUAUAGUGAAUCGCUGACAGCUGUCAAAUUGUAUACGAAUAGAUCUGUGUGUAUUAAAUGUCAACGAACAGAUGCGAUGUAUUCCAGGGUUUUAGUGUCUGUCGGAAUAGACGUGUUUAUUUACUAUAGUGUAUCGCUGACAGCUGUCAAUUUGUAUACAAUUAGAUCUGGGUGUAUUAAAUGUUAACUAACAGAUGCGAUGUAUUCCAGGGUUCUAGUGUCUGUCGGAAUACACAUGAUCAUGUAUUAUAGUGAAUCGCUGACAGCUGUCAAAUUGUAUACGAAUAGAUCUGUGUGUAUUAAAUGUCAACGAACAGAUGCGAUGUAUUCCAGGGUUUUAGUGUCUGUCGGAAUAGACGUGUUUAUUUACUAUAGUGUAUCGCUGACAGCUGUCAAUUUGUAUACAAUUAGAUCUGGGUGUAUUAAAUGUUAACCAACAGAUGCGAUGUAUUCCAGGGUUCUAGUGUCUGUCGGAAUACACAUGAUCAUGUAUUAUAGUGAAUCGCUGACAGCUGUCAAAUUGUAUACGAAUAGAUCUGUGUGUAUUAAAUGUCAACGAACAGAUGCGAUGUAUUCCAGGGGUCUACUGUAUGUUGGGAUGUAAGAGAGACGGAAUAUGUGAUACUCUGGAUUUAGAUUAUCUAUAUAGAUUUAAUUUGAUCUCAUAUUUUAUUUGAGUUUAAGGAAAAUGAAAAAGCAACUGGCUGAGUUUAUCUAUAUAAACAUCAAUGUUUUACCGAUAAAAUCAGGUCAGGUUUAAUACUGUAGUACCUACUACGUCUUACACUCCCGAUUUGUAUGACACUUUGUGUUAGUAUGCGUGCAUGGCUCUAAAUAGAUAGGUCCCGGUAGGUGCAAGCAUUUAUAUGAUGAAUAUGAAUGUUUGUUUCCGAGUCAUGGAUGUUUAAAUGUAUUUAUGUAUGUAUAUAUGAAUUUAUGUAUGUUUAAGUAAGUAUAUUGUAUUAAAUAUAUCAUUAUCUUGUAACCCAUAACACAGGCUUAACUUGGGGCAAGAUAAUUUGUGUGAAAAGUGUGUCAAUAUUAUAUUACUAUAAAUAGAGGUUCAUUCUGAACUCAAUUUUUUUCGAUGUUUUCAAAGUUGUCAUUGUCAUCUACAUGUUUAAGUGAGCCAAGGUUUUUAUGUUUGUCGUAUAAUUAUGUGUUGCUAACCCAUUAUAAAAAAAUAAGAUGCAAACUUAUAUUCGAUUGUGGUAUAGUUUGAAUAUUACUUUGUUUUUGUAAAUAAACUUGUAACUCACGUGUAAAGUACCAAUUACGUAAAUAUUUUCUUUAAUACUGUAGAGAGAUAAAGAGUAGGAGAGAGAGAGAGAGAGAUAGUGAGAGAGAGAGAGAUAGUGAGAGAGAGAGAGAGAGAGAGAGAGAGAGAGAGUGAGAUAGUGUAUGUGUAUGUGUGUGUUAGAGUGAGAGUCAAAGUCAAACUUUAUUCAAAUAGACUUAAACUAAGCGCUUAAGAAUCGAUAUUAUGAAUAUUUAUUUAAUUAAAAUUAUUAUAAAGAGUUAUUAUUAGGUGGACCACGAGCAUUAUCCCAUAUUACUUUAUCCUCUAUAUAUUCCUUAAACUUAUUAUAGGCUUUUUAAUGACGCGAUUCUUUUUAAUUUCUUUGAAUAGGUAUAAGAAGGAGUUAGACAUGUUAUGUUAUUUGGAAUUUCAUUUAAGUACUGCACACUACGAUGGAAACCUUGAGAGGCUCAAUAUGGUCGGCAAAAUAGAUGGGAAGAGGCCUCGUGGACGCAGUCCAACACGAUGGUCCGAUCAGAUCCGCUCCGCCCUCGACUCUACGGUUCACAAUGCCUUUCACACCGCCAGAGACAGGAAUAGAUGGAGAGCGAUCAUACGUGAGAAAGUGAUACAGAGGGGUGGUCACGACCCUCAGUACUGAUGAUUACGACGCAGGGAGGAGACUGCACACUAAGACAUGCAAAUAAGUUUUGUAUUUUACUUUUCUCCUGAGACCUUGUUAAAAGGAUAUGGAAAUUACGUUAUAAUGCGCAAUAAGUACCUCUAAUAAUAAUAGUAAUAGCCUUUUAUUCAGACAAAAACUAAUCCUAAUACAUGACUCUUAUCUAAAUCCUUAAUUGUCUGUGUGCCUCUGGGCAAAGGCCUCUCGUGUUCUUCUCCAAUCUUCUUUAUUUGUAGUUAGUCUAAUGCAGGUUCUUCUAGCCAUUUUCACUAUUUCAUCUUCCCAUCUGCCCAUCUUCUAAUUUGCCUACUACUAUUUCUCUUGCAACCUCUUUGGUACCAUGUAAUGAUAGUUUUGCUCCAUUUAUCAGGUCCUCUCAUGAGGUGUCCAGCCCAUUUCCAUUUUAGACUCUUUAUAGCAUAAGCAACAUCGGCUAUUCUUGUCUCUCAAAUGUCUAUUGCUUGUCUUUUGUUGAACAUGCUUCUUUCCAUGGCUCGCUGGCAUACCUACAACCUAUUGCGUUGUGCUGCUGUGAGUUCCCAAGGCAGCCAUAGGUAAGAAUCGGCAAUACCUACUAUUGGUAGUACGUCUAAAUAUGGCUAUGUAAAAUUUCACCAAGUAGAGAGGCCAAGGAGAGAAUGUCAGUGAUUACUCUGAAAGCAAAACUUCAACAUCUCAGUGUCGACAAUGAUAAGGGCUACAUACGAAGAUAGGCUAGGUUAGCGUUCGUCGCCUGAUAAUGUAUUUUUUUUAUGGAAUAGGAGGACAAACGAGUAUACGGGUCACCUGGUGUUAAGUAAUCACCGCCGCCUACAUUCUCUUGCAACACCAGAGGAAUCACAAGAGCGUUGCCGGCCUUUAAGGAAGGUGUACGCGCUUUUCUUGAAGGUACCCAUGUCGUAUCGUCCCGGAAACACCGCACAAGGAAGCUCAUUCCACAGCUUUGUAGUACGAGGGAGAAAGCUCCUUGAAAACCGCACUGUGGAGGUGUGCCACACAUCAAGAUGGUGGGGAUGAUAUCCUAAUUUGUGGCGUGUCUUGCGAAGGUGGAAUUCGGCGGCAGGAAUCAGGUUAAACAGCUCUUCGGAACACUCCCCGUGAUAAAUGCGGUAGAAGACACACAAUGAAGCGACGUCUCUACGCAACGCCAAGUGAUCCAGCCGUUCACAGAGCACUGGGUCCCCGACAAUGCGAGCUGCUCUGCGUUACACGCGGUCGAAUGGAUCGAGCUGAUACUGGGGUGCUGUGAUAUGUAUAUAAGGUACACGUAGACAUUGCGUGCAUUAGGUAUGUACAUCUGCCUUGAAACUAAUGCUGUUUAUUUUAUCUCUAUCUCAUUUUAUGUGCCCUGCCAACACUUGAAUCCUGAUAUAUAUUUUUAACUAUAUUAUUCAAAAUUUUACUAGUAUAGACACUCUAUUAAAUUAUUUUUUAUGACAGAAAACCACAACAGUGGUGUAACAUUUUUCGCAAUUUUUCUACUCUAAUUUAUAACUCUGUUAAUUUUAUAAUCAAUUAAUUAAUGCUUGUUACAAAUAAAAACUUUUUUAAUAAUUUAAUUUGCUCCACUCACGGCACAUAUCCUGUAUGUUUGAAAAGACAAUACUCGAUAUAACAGUCAAGAUUAGAACACAAUCAGAAUAUUUCAGUAUGACGAAUGGUAUAUAAUACCUUUUUUGGGUUUAUGUCACCGUUCAGAAAGCUCGUUCAGAAAUUAUUCUUGCCUUAACACCAACUUUUACAAAUACCUUCGGGUAAGUAUUACAAUUAUUGUAAAUAUCUGAAAAUAUCUCAUGCUAUUUUCUCAAAAAAGUAUUUCUAGUCACACAGAAUCAACACGUUUUUCGGCAGAUAUAUUAAAACCGUAGUCUACCUUACUAAUAUAAGAAUAAUAUGUGAAUAGAUAGUUGGUAGAAUAGGUAAAGAUUAUGUAUGAUUUUAUGUAAAUUAUAAAGUAAAAACUAUUG